ACCCUCAAAGCCUCCUCGCCCAAACCACUCCAGCACACACACGCACUCACACACGCACACAAACCAACCCGAUCAUUGUCUGAAUCAUCGCCAGUUUCAGCUACCGACGAUGUCUGUGAUCUCUCAGCUCAUGGGGAACGAGAUCCUGGACCCCUUCCUGUCGAUGGUCAACAAGUGCCCGGUGCUCAACGCGCCGACCGACUGGAAGGAGACCCCGGAGGCCCACAUGUUCAUCGUCGACCUCCCGGGGCUGAAGAAGGACGAGGUGAAGGUGGAGGUCGACGGCGACGGGUACCUGAUCAUCAGCGGAGAGAGGAAGGUGCCGGAGGACAAAGAGGCCAAGGGCGGGGAGGGCAAGAAGGGGGAGGGCGAGGGCGAGGGCGAGAAGUGGCACAGGGUGGAGCGCUUCCGGGGCAAGUUCUCGAGGCGGUUCAGGCUGCCGAGGAACGCGAAGAGGGAGGGGAUCAAGGCGUGCAUGGAGGACGGGGUGCUCACCGUGAUCGUGCCCAAGGCGGAUGAGAAGAAGCCCGAGGUCAAGAGGGUUGAGAUCCACUGAUGAGAGAGAUCGAUCUACUGUAUUUUGCUCUUGUGCCUGCGCGUGUGAAAUAGUUGUUGAAUCUGUGUUCCGUUCCUGUCGUGUUUUGGUGAGCCUUACUCGCACGAGUCGAUGCAUGUAAGCUAUCAAUAAGUUUGUUCAGCUCUUCUUUCUGCAUUAAAAUUUGUGAAGUGGUGUGUCGUUUGGCUUUCUGAA